AUGGCUAAUUCUCACAAAAACACCUGUCUGAGGUGGCAAAUGAUGACCCUGAUAAUCUCGUUUUGCGUCUGGGAUAUUAUCACCGGGCAGAUUCGCUACUCGAUUCCCGAAGAGUUGAAACACGGCGCGUUUGUUGGGAACAUCGCCGACGAUCUGGGACUGGAUGUCAGGCAACUCUCCGCCCGCAGGUUUCGCAUUGUCCCCGCCGCUAACACCCAGUACUUGGAGGUGAAUCUGGAGAACGGGAUUCUAUUCGUAAACGAGAAGAUGGACCGGGAGCAGUUGUGUGACCUGAGCCCCAAUUGCUUCCUGCAUCUGGAGAUCGUAGUGGAGAAUCCGUUAGAGUUGCAUCGCGUGGAAGUGGAGAUACUGGAUGUGAACGACAAUUCCCCUAGUUUCCCUUGGCGUGAAUUCCGUUUGGAGAUCGCGGAGUCCGUGGCACUCGGGUCGCGCUUCCCGCUUGAGAACGCGCACGAUCCGGACGUGGGCACCAACUCGCUGCAAAGCUACCGGCUCAGUCCCAACCAGUACUUCAGCUUGGAGGUUCAGACUCGCAACGAACGCAAUAACUUUCCCGUGCUGGUUCUGGACAGAUCACUGGACAGGGAGAAUCAGGAGGUGCAUCAGAUGGUUCUCACUGCUCAGGACGGCGGCGUCCCGGAGAGAUCGGGUACAGCUCAGGUCAUAGUCACGGUCCUUGAUGUUAACGAUAACGCCCCGGUCUUUGACCAGGCUGUGUAUACUGUGUGCCUGGUGGAAAACGCCCCGAAGAACACUUUGGUGAUUAAACUUAACGCUACCGACUUGGACCAAGGCUCCUACGGAGAGGUGACCUAUUCAUUCAGCAACCAUGCGCCCGCGAGGCUGCGGCAACUCUUUCGGGUCGAUGCCCAUACUGGAGAAAUUUGGGUCAAGGGAGUGGUGGACUACGAAGAGGCGAGUGUUUACGAGAUUUAUGUGCAGGCAAAAGAUAGGGGUCUUUACACGGCGGCCGUGCAUUGCACAGUGGUUGUGGAGAUCAUCGAUGUCAACGACAACGCGCCCGAGGUGAUACUGACUUCAGUGUCCAGUCCGAUUCCGGAGGACGCUUUGCCAGGAGCCGUGAUCGCCCUGAUCAGCGUGACCGACCGUGAUUCCGGAGAGAACGGAAAGACUACUUGCCACAUCCCCGCCCAUCUCCCUUUCAAACUCCAGUCGUCUUUCAAGAACUAUUACACUCUGGUUACGGAUGAUCGCCUGGACCGCGAGAGAGUUUUCGAGUAUAACGUGAGUAUUACUGUCACAGACUUGGGCACCCCUCCCCUUUCCACCGUCAAAACCAUUCUCGUCAAGGUUUCGGAUGUGAACGAUAACGCUCCCCGUUUUGCACACCCGUCCUACACCGUAUACCUGAUGGAAAACAACGCGCCCGGUGCGUCUAUUUGUUCUGUCUCCGCCUGGGAUCCGGAUUCUGACCAGAACGCCUAUGUCUCCUACUGCAUCUUGGACAGUAAGAUAAAGGGUACUCCCGUUUCAUCAUAUGUUUCCAUCAACUUAAACACGGGCAACCUUUAUGCGUUGCGCUCUUUUGACUACGAGCAACUCAAGAAUUUCCAGGUCCAAAUUCAGGCUCAGGACGCGGGGUUUCCAUCUCUGCACAACAACGUUACGGUGACGGUGAUUAUCCUGGAUCAGAACGACAAUGCUCCCGAGAUCGUGUCCCCACUGCCGCCGAAUGGCUCGGUAGAGAUGGUGCCUCGUUCCGCUGAUCCCGGUUACCUGGUUGCGAAAGUAACGGCUGUCGACGACGACUCUGGUCAGAACUCCAGGCUGAGUUACCUACUGUUCCAAGCCACAGAUCCUGGACUGUUCAGCGUGGACCCGUCCAUCGGAGAGAUUCGGACCACGCGGCGUUUUGAAGACCAUGAUUCCCCUAGACAGAGGUUGGUGGUCCAUGUCACGGACAAUGGAAAGCCACCUCUCUCCACCUCUGUCACCAUCAGCGUCUCGAUAGUCGACAGUGUUCCAGAGAUCAUCUCGGACUUAACCGACGGGCCCCAAACCAUUGAAUACUUCUCCGAUUUCAACCUUUACUUAAUUGUCUCGCUGGGUUCCGUCUCCUUUGUGUUCCUGUUGGCCAUUAUCGCUCUGGUGACCAUCAAGUGUCACAAGGAUAGACACGGCACUCUUGGCCCCCGCUGUCCUCUCUGUACCUGUUGCUCCCGUGGAUCCAACCGUUGUUGCUGCCUCCGGAGAAGACAUUCCAGGGACGUGCUGAAUAACUCACACAACAACUUUCAGAUACCGCCCAGUACGAAAGUCCCGCCGAACUCCAUGGAGGUAGGCGGCAGUGGCUCACUUUCCCAGACCUAUUGCUACAAGGUAUGCCUGAGUCCCGAAUCGGCAAAGAGCGACUUAAUGUUCCUCAAACCUUACAGCUCCUCCACUCCCGCCGGAACUAGCACAAAGCCCGCCAGCCCCUACGUGACCACGUGGAGGAAGCAGGCAUUAGAUGGGCCGAAUAUUGGAACCAAUCUAUCCAAUGAGGUUUCGGGUCUCCAUGGUGCGUUGUUCAUUCCUUGAACGGGAAUUAAUGAAGAGAUCCUUUCUUGCGUGAUUUCCCCAGUAUAGC